AUGGGGGACACUAUUACAUUUGAUGAAAAGAAAGAACUGAUUAUGGGUUUUGAUGUUGUAAAUUGGAUUACUUUUUACAAUAAUUCCUUUUCUCGAAUCAAAGUUGGAACAUUGGAACCUUGGGCUCCACCGGGCAGAGAAUUAACUCUUAAUGACGAUCAAAUUGUAUGGCACAGAAGCUUUAACCAGGGGCUUCCUAUUUCUGUGUGCAAUGACCACUGCUAUCCAGGCUCCAGCAGAAAGAAGAAAGAAGGAGAGAAAUUUUGUUGCUAUGAUUGUGCGCCAUGUUCAGAAGGACAGAUCUCUAAUGAAAUAGAUAUGGAUGUCUGCAUGAAAUGUCCAGAAAAUGAAUAUCCCAACAAUAUCCAAAAUCAAUGUAUCCCCAAAGUGCUUACAUAUUUCUCUUAUAAUGAAUCUUUAGGAAUCCUCUUUAUUACAAUGGCUAUUUUUUUCUCUUUGAUUACAGUCUUUGUGCUUGGAAUCUUUUGGAUGCAUCAAGAGACUCCAAUUGUCAAAGCCAACAAUUGGAGCCUCACUUGUGUCCUCCUCCUCUCCCUUCUUCUCUGCUUCUUCUGCUCCUUUCUCUUCAUAGGACGCCCUGAAAAGAUGACCUGUCUUCUCCGGCAAAUGACUUUUGGUAUUAUCUUCUCAGUGGCUCUUUCGUCUGUUUUGGCAAAAACCAUGACUGUGAUUAUGGCAUUUGUGGCAACCAAACCAGGAUCCAAAAUGAGGAAGUGGAUAGGGAAAGGAUUGGCUAAUUCUAUUGUUCUUUUGGGUUCCUUCAUCCAGGUGGGAAUUUGCAGUGUUUGGCUGAGUACCUCUCCCCCUUUCCCAGAUACAGACCUGCACUCAUUGAAGGGAGAAAUCAUAAUGGAUUGCAAUGAGGGCUCAGUGAUUAUGUUUUACUGUGUCCUGGGUUACAUGGGCUUCCUGGCUAGUGUCAGCUUUAACAUUGCUUUCCAAGCCAGGAAGCUGCCCAGCAGUUUUAACGAGGCUAAGUUUAUAACUUUCAGCAUGUUGGUCUUUUGCAGUGUUUGGUUGUCAUUUGUUCCAACGUACCUGAGCACCAAAGGGAAAUACAUGGUAGCUGUGGAGAUCUUUUCUAUCUUAUCCUCCAGUGCUGGUUUACUGGGAUGUAUAUUUUCCCCCAAAUGUUAUAUCAUUUUACUGAGACCUGAGAUGAACAAAAAGGAACAUUUAAUAAGGAAAAAAACAUAA